AGGAAAUUCUGCAAAAGUCCACCCUCCUCUUCCAGAUUCUGUUAUGUUCAAUACACACUAAAACCACAUCCUUCUCCCCACUCUCAAAUCAAUUGAAAACCAUUCAUAUACACACAAUAUAGAUAAAUACGAUGAUAACAAGAUCCACAAUCCAAUCAUUCCUAUCAAUCUUCCUCACAAUCCAUCCUCACGAAACCAUCACCGUUUUCUACUCAACUUCCUCUUUCUUCUUCGUAUUGAGUGCGUAUUUUGUGGUAUUACCGUUACGAGACGAAGGUGCAAUAUCGUUAGGGAUAGAAAAUAUACCUGGAUUGUUUUUAGGUUCAUUAUUACUUACACUUGUUGCUGCUCCUCUUUCUACUCUCCUUUUUUCCUUACCUUUUCUUCCUAAACCUAAGGCUUUGGUCUUGAUAUACAGGUUUUUCAGUGCAAGUCUUGUGCUGUUUUUCGUUUUAUGGGUUCUGUCUUCUCCAGAAAAUACAUUUCCAGAUUUUAGGGGGUUCCUCUCCUUGCAGUCCACCAUAAAAGAGGAUUUAAAGGUUGAAAUGCAACCCGAUUCUAAACAUUCUGCUGAUUGGGGCAAGCAUAGCUGGUUUUUUAUUUCUGUGAGAAUAGGCUUCUUCUUAUGGGUUGCUCUCCUAAAUCUUAUAACUAUAUCUUCAACAUGGGCAAGAGUCGCAGAUGUGAUGGACAAUGAGUCAGGUUCAAGACUGUUUGGAUUUAUUGGUGCCGGUGCUACUUUUGGUCAGCUUUUCGGUUCAUUGUUCGCUACGGGAAUGGCCUGGUUGGGACCAUAUCUCUUGCUAUUUGCUUCCCUCAUGAUGGAAUUUGCUGCCCAAUCAUCCAAAAGGAUCAAUAAGGAUGUACCUGAUCCCUCUGAAGAACUAAUCCCUCUUAGGAAGAGUGAAGUUGAUCAGAAGAAUGAGACGAAUGAAGGGGAUAUAUCUGAUCGGAAAGACUUUUCAGCAACAGCUCCAAGUUCAACUGUAGAUUCGACAAAGCCUCGCUUUUGGGCUUUACUGGAUGGGUUCUGGCUUAUAUGGUCAUCGAAUUAUUUGUUGUGUGUGUCAUUAUUCCUGUGGCUAAGUGCAGUGACCUCUUCCUUCUUCUAUUUUCAGAAAGUAACAGUGAUUGCCUCCACUGCCACAACCCCUACUGGAAGAAGGCGACUAUUUGCACAGAUCAAUAGUUUUAUUGCUGUUUUUAUCCUGGCUGGCCAGCUUACGUUAACGGGGCGUAUUCUUACUGUAGCUGGAAUUACUAUAGCUCUUUGCUCUGCACCAUUCACGGCAUUUCUGAACUCAAUUGCUAUUGCUGUUUGGCCGACUUACUUAGCAGUUGCAGUGUCAGAGACCAUACGGAAGGUGGUAACCUACGUUGUAACUAGGCCGGGAAGAGAAUUACUGUUCACAGUUGUCUCACAAGAUGAGAAAUACAAAGCCAAGGUAUGCAUAGAUGUCCUUGUCCAAAGGUUUGGAGAUGCUACUGCAGCUGGAAUGUACAAACUACUUCACAGCACACUUGAUGGCAAAAUAACCCACAUUUCCCUUUAUGCUUUACCUGUAUGCAUUUUAUGGCUAGUUACGGGGUUCCACUUGGGACGCCAACAAACACAGCUUGCCAAGUCCCAGAUUCUCUCAGUCUCCUGAACUUUUUCUCGUUUAUCAGGUUCCUUGGGAAUAAUACAAACGCCAGCUAAGAAAAAACGUUGUCCUUUUAGAUGAAUAAUAGUUGUACUUUCUUUUGGACAUUUUUCAUAAAAAAUCAAUAUAGUUAGAUUGUUAGAAAUAGUGUGUUCAUAUUAUCCGGGUUACUUAUCUUAACAUGUUGAUAAAUAUGUUAAACUAGUUAUGUAUUUAGAUAAAGAUUCACAAUAGUGUAGUGAAAUCCACAAAAUUAUGCAUCUAACAAGUACCAAGCUCAUAGGUUUAGCAACUAUAUUAGAAAUUAAACAGUUCCUACGCAGUCGUUUCAAGUAAACGACUUUAGAAAUUAUCAAAGGUUUUGUACAUCUAACAUCAUGUAUCAUUUCCCCUUUGUAUGCUUGGUAUAGCUUAUAUGCCAUAAAUUUAACAAUUGUUGACUAUUACUGUAUCAUUUUAUUAA